AUCAGCUGCGGGAGGUGGACUUCAUUCCUCUCCAGCGAGAGGUUGGCUGGCGUUCUUAUUCAACACAAGGGCGUCACUGGUGUUUGUCAAAGCGACUUUUUCUUCCUACUAAAUUCUAAUUGAAGGAGACAGUUCCCAACGGUGUCGCUCUGGCAACUAAAUUAUGUUUGAUAAUUCACAGUAUCCAUAUAAUUGUUUUAAUUAUGAUGGAGAUGGCUACCCCCCAUGUAGCUCUGAUGAGGAGAAAAAAAUAUGCAGACCUGCCUACAGUUACAUUGCACUUAUAGCCAUGGCCAUCCAGCAGAGCCCCGAGAACAGAGUAACUCUGUCAGGAAUCUACGAGUUCAUUAUGAAGAGGUUCCCUUACUACAGGUCCAACCAGAGAGCCUGGCAAAACUCCAUCCGGCACAACCUGUCUCUCAACAGCUGCUUCAUCAAGGUACCCCGCACAGAAGGCAACGAAAAGGGAAAGGGAAACUUCUGGACCUUUGCCUCGGGCUGCGAGUCCAUGCUGGACCUCUUUGAGAACGGGAACUUCCGCCGUCGCCGCCGCCGUCGCAACCUCAAGGUGGGCUUCCGCGAGCCGACUAACGCCUUUGCCGCCGCCGCGGAUGCCCCUCGGCCCCGGGACUCCGAGCCCUUCUGCCCCUCUGCCCCCUGUGACAGAUCAGGCCAGCUCAACCCGGCACUGAGCAAGCCUGAACCAGAGAUCAAGUUCAGCAUCGACUACAUCCUCUCCACCCCAGACCCCCACCCAGGGUUCAGACCCCCUCACGGCGGGGCUGCCGGACCCUCCAUAUCGCUCUUGGAGCCCCAGCAUCUCAACUUGCACUUCUGGACCCUGUGACUGUCCCCCAUGUCUGGAUAUUCAUCUCUUUAGCAAGACAAAUCUGAGGAAACAAAAUCAGAUGUGGGAGUGCACAGACUUGUGUUACGGUAAACACUGUAGAGAUGUACAGUAGACAUAUAGAGACUAUAUCCUGUGAGAAAACAUAUAUGUUCCCAUGCUGUGCUGAAGCUAUUAGUGCUGUUAGUGUGGGUGGUCGCCCAAUUGACCACAUAUAGACCGCAGUCAUUAAUGUAAUAGGGUAAGACAGACACAUUCUUUUACUGAUAGUGUGGUUAAAGAGCAGUCCUGGAGCAUAGUUAACUAAUGUUUUACCCUACAGUGUGGUUAAAGAGCAGUCCUGGAGCAUAGUUAACUAAUGUUUUACCCUACAGUGUGGUUAAAGACCAGUCCUGGAGCAUAGUUAACUAAUGUUUUACCCUACAGUGUGGUUAAAGACCAGUCCUGGAGCAUAGUUAACUAAUGUUUUACUGAUAGUGUGGUUAAAGACCAGUCCGGGAGCAUAGUUUCAUUCAUGUCAUCUCACCAUGUUCACCAUCAGAAGAACAUGGUUACUAUCAGAAGUAUCACUGUGUCCAGCAUCAGGGCAAAGCUCUAUUUUGUCCCAAAAGUCCUAAAUGUUUAUCUCACCGACUAAAGCCCAAAGCAGUCUACGGGAUCUAUUCAUUCUUAAACAAGGUAGUUAAACAUGUUCAUACAAUAUGUAUGUAUGUAGUCAUCAAUAUGUUGUCAUUGGUAUCAUCACAGAUCUACUAAAUUUACUAAAAUACAGAAUGGUGACAAAUUUAUUAACAUGCUCAAAGAUAAAACGGUUUAAGUCAGGACAGUGGGUCUUAUAUACACAGAAAGACUUCAGUGGAAACAGAAAAUUACUUUGUAAAAUGGAGGGAUAUGAUAUGAGACAUUGUUAUUUUCAAUGACAAUGAUAGGGAAUAUGAGACAUGUUGUUUUCAUUCCGUUUUAUGAGUUUUGUCAAAUAACAGCCACAUUAUGCAAUGCAGCCAGCUUUAUUUUCAGCUAGGCUCUGUAGUGUCUCCUGGGUGUUUCUUUCAGAGUCUGGACAUUUGUCUUGGAGAUGUGUUAUUGCAGUUCCUUAAAAAAAAACACCUUGUAUUAUGAAACACUGAUAGUAGUGUAGUUAUGUCUGCCAAGAAGGAAAAAAUAAUAAGUUGAAUAACCACCAUGUUUAUGUUUACACCAGGGCUUAUCUCCAAACACCAUGAUGUUUACAGCUUAUGAGUAGGCCAAACUGUUCUGAUGCGCAUUAAAUAUUGGUGAUUUAUUUAAAUAAGUUAUGUCAAAAAUAAAGCUAGGUAACACUGUGGUCUUGUUCCUAGAGGAUUUAGAUGUGGAAUUGGGUGGUUCUGCAAUGAAAAGUUGAUACAACUGAAUGUUCAGUUACGGCAUCACAUUUGUAAAGGAAGUGUGUAUUUGUUGUAUUAUAAACAGUUGUUUGAAACGAUGUAUGUACCAAAGACCAAUGUUGGGGCAAAAUUGGUUUAAGAGCAGAUAAUUGUGAGUGUUUGGCAUGUGUGGUCAAAACAAUCAGAAUUCAAAUAAAUGAACACUGUUUCAGUAUAAAAAAA